UGUCAUACGUUCUAUAAGAACACACGCCGGCAGUUGGAAAUGUAACAGUUUCCCACAAAACCGCAAGGCAAACGGACGGUUUCUACACAACACGAGUUGUUCUAAAAAAAGCGUAAUUCAUAAAGUCUUCGAAACAAAAAUUAAAACAAUUAAUCGCGCGUUUUCGCAAAAGUUCUAACGAAAUUCGUCACCAAUCGUUUUGCAUUAAUUAGCAAUGCCAUAUGAAUUAAAGUGUGCGCUUGUCGCAUUUAUUGUUGUGUUUAAUUUGUGCCACAUCACCUCGGCUGCGGCAUAUCCCUGGCAGGCCGAUCAUGAGGGUUACGACGCCAGCUUGGAUCCGGUCAUUUGGUCACGCGCCUUUGUCAAAGACAAUAUACGGCGACCGCGUCAAUUUGCCACCAAUAAUGAAAUUCAAUUAAAUAAUCGGUUUUAUGAAUUCCAACAGCGCUUCAUUGACUCGAAUCGCGCGGCAAGCGGUGUUUUGCGCGAUGAAAAGCAACUUGUGGAAAGUUCGGGUCAUUUUGGCAAACGUCGCACAGGCGCUGAAAACGAUUGGAGUGCAAUCGCGCAUGCUGAACACAGAUCGAGGAGUAACCGCAAAUCGAGUUUGAAUCGUUCGAAAACGCAACUGAGAAGAAAACGCAAUCACAAACGUUAAAUGCUUAAUUUACAAGAAAUUUGAUAUUUAGUUGUACAAAAAAUCAAACUUUUAUAUUUAUUAAGUGGUAGUUAAUCUGUUACAGUUAUUUAAAACUUGUAAUUAGUUAUUGCACGAUAUACAAUUAUGAAUAUUAAAGAAAAAUAAGUAUUAACAUAAGAAUAGUUUUUAAAGAAUUGAUUAAAAUAUAUAUUUAAGAGACCAAUUUUGGUGAUUUUUUUAAUAAUAUAAUACUAUCGAUUUGAGAAUAAUCCAUUAAAUAUGGGUAAUUUAUUAUUUCCACUCAAAAUUAAUUGAGCCACAAACUACAUGUCAAUUUGUAACUAAUGGAAUAAGUGAUAAAUAUACUGUACUUUUAAACACUUAUUAAAUUAGAACCUAUUCGGUACGAGUUUCCAAAUAAUGGUAAUAAAGCAAACUAAAAAUCUUAAUAUUAUCAGCAAAGAAAUAGAAUGCAUAAAACGAAUGUUCAAGUUCUAGUGUGUUCAAAGUUUCGCAUCAUAAAAGCAUUAUCUAUAAAAAAACUACGUCUAAAUUAUCCAAAGUCCCGUCAAGACUAUUUGAGGCUUUUUGCUGUU